AUUUCAUAUAUAUGGAAGAGUAGGAGAAUUAAUCCUUAGGUUGCCAUAGAUGGACAACAGAAAACAGACAUUUCACCUUUUUGUAGGCCUGGCCCUUCAAACUAACCCCUCAAAUGAAUUGUUUAUCAAGUAAACUCAAUCCUUUAAUCACAAUUUCCUUGUAGAGAUGAUGGAUGUUAUUGCAGCUAUGCCUUUUAUCAUACAACAACUUCUCUUGUGAAGAAUUUCCAAGUGACUAGAAUGGAGAGCGAGCUGUGCGAUCCCAGUAAACCCCGUUAUGAUAUUACCAUGUCAAAGAGGACAAGAAAGCCACCGACUCUGCUAGGAGCCAAAUAUAUCAAAGAAGAAGAUUUUCUUGCAAAACGAGAUAGCGAUCAUAAGAGCUUGAAGCAACUGAUAAAUGGCAAUAUCAACAUUGAAGAAAUCAAGGGAAAUGUUAGCAGAAGUUCGCUUGAGCAGCACUUCUUAGAAGAGGAAAAGCAGCUUCAAUUGGUUACCAGAAAGCAUAAAAAGCUAAAAGGGAUGAUGGGUCAUUACGUCAGAGUCUUGACCCAAUUGAUUAAUCUCAAGCGUGAUUCUGAUCCUAGUAAUAGUGGAUCUCAGAAGAAGCCCAUCCUCCGUUUGGCAAUGUAACGUAUAUAUUAUGGCUGAUCUUCUUUGUUAAUUGCUUAUAUAAUAUGCAUGAUUAUUUGAAUAUGCAUCAUAUACAUUAUAUAUGAUCUAUAGGCCUCCAUGUUGCAAGUAUGAUACUAUUAUCUACUCGGAGCUUUUCUUAUUUUA